AAACUCUUCUCAGAUCUCAAUCCAAAGAUCAAACCCCUAAACCCUAAUGGCUUCUCGUUCUCCUUCUCCCACUCCCUCUAAUAAAACCCCAGACACCAGCAUCAGAAAGAGUGGAAGUUUUCACAACCUCUCUAAGCAUUCAAUCUCUCCAGAUGUUCAUCAGAGGAGCUCAGGAUCGAAGGCCGGGACGCCGUCGAGAUCCCUGCGUGCUUCUUUGGAGCUGAAGGAGAAUGAGAGGGAUCAACAUAGCUUGAGACAAGGCAAGGUGAAGUCGCCUGCCAUGGCUUCUUUGAAGAACUUCAUGGCUCCAACCAUCUCGGCUUCUUCCAAGGUGGUGGCAGCAUCGCCGAGGAGGAGGAUUCUUGGUGACCGAAAUGAGAUGGUCUCGGUCUCGGUCUCGGAUUCUCCGAAGUCCGAGACUAGAAUGAUGGAUCUUGAGAUCAAGAAGAGCAGCGAAGAUGUUGUUGUUCCUAAGUUUCCCAUUUCUCCAGUGUGUGAUUCUCUUCCUCCUUAUGAUCCUUUGACCAACUACCUCUCCCCUCGGCCUCAGUUCCUUCGCUAUAAUCCAAAUCGUCGGGUUGAGAAGUGUUAUCUCAAGAAAGAUGUGGCCUUUUUUGAUGAACCUGAAGGAGAUGGGAUAUCAGAUGAUAGCUUCUUGUCAGAUUGCUUCACAGAUAUUACUGAAGAAAUGCAAUCCUCUGAUCUUCAGAAGAGCUCUCAAGAAGAAGAGGAGGAGGAGGAAGAAGAAGAAGAAGUUCAGGGUGAAACAAAACCACAGAUAGUUCACAUCCAAACAACUCGGUCUACUUCAAGGUCUAAACUUGUUCCUUUUCUUUUGGUUCUGGUAAUGGCUUGCCUUUGUAUCCCCUUAUCAGAUUCACCGCUUGUUGUUUCACCAUCAUCUGUGUUGAAAGAAGGGUCUUUGGCAAAGGUUGAAAUUAGAGAGUAUUUGACUGAUAUUGCAGCAUUUGCCAAGCUCAAUCUUGAAGGGCUGAGUGAUAGGAUGAGUCAUUGGUCUGUGAAUACCAUGUCUUAUCUUGCUACCAUGCCUUGGCUUCAAAAAGACAGUGACUUUGGGGUGUUCCAUCUGCCUAACAUAUCAACAACAGCGUCUGAUGAAGACGUUGCUAUUGAUUUUUUCAGCUUCAGUGAAACAAGACCGAACCAGGAACAUUGGAAUGUGGAGCUUGAAACAGAGCAAUUUCUUAUUGAGGAUGUAGAGGAGCUAGAGGAAGAAGUGGAGGAGUUGGAGAAUGGGGGAUUUCUUGGACCUGAACCUGAGGUGAAGGAAGUGGAGGAAACUGAUGAAGUGAAUGAAUCAGAAAUGGGACUAGUGGCCUUUCAUGAUGUGCUUGAGAAUGAUCAUGAGGUGCCAACAGUGGAAGAAGUAGCAAAAGAAGAUUAUACCGGUGUUGCAAGUGUCGUGGAAGGGAAGACCGAAGAGAGUCCUCUCAGUAUUCAUCCUGUGAGUGGUGGGCUUGGAAUUGUGGAAAAUCAAGAAGAUAUUGAUGAGCUUAAUUCCAUUGUUGAAAUUUUGCCUGUUGCUGGCUUUGAUGGCAAACAAUCUAUCAAAGCUGCAAAAGAAGAUUCUAUGGCUGCUGCAAGUAAGAUGGAAAGGAAGACUGAAGAAAGUCUCCUUGGUAUCCAUCCUGUGAGUGAUGAGCUUGGAAUGGUGGAAAAUCAAAUAGAUACUCAUGUGCUUAAUUCCACUGUUGAAAUGUUGCCUGUUGCCGGGUUUGAUGGCAAACACUCAACUCUCAAAUCGAAGGAGAUUAUGAAUCAUGGAGCCAAAAUAUUCGUAGCAGUCAUAGCUGUUAUUGGUGCAAUUGUUGUUCUCUACUUAAAUCGAAGAAAAUCUUCUGCUGAUGGAAAUCAUGGUCUCGAUGAUAAAUAUGACAAUGUAAUGCAAAAAUUUACAGAAGAGGUUGAAAUGGCGGGGUAUUCAGGUUCUUCUGAUGGCAGUAGCUUAAACAACAAAACAUCUUAUGAUCAGCAAAGGGCAAGGGGAGCGAAGCUGGAAGAUUCUCUCGGCCAUGAGAGAAGUCUCAGAAGGGACUCUAGUGCAUUGUCUUCCAUUUCUUAUGGAAGCUUUACAACAUAUGAGAGACUGUCAGCUAAAAAGGGAGCAAAGGAUGAAAGUGCUGUGACUCCAGUGAGGCGAUCAAGUAGAAUUAGAAACCAAGUUGUUUCUCCAUGACAAAGAAGUGAAAGAACUUUAUUCUCUUCUCUAACUGCUUAUAUAGUUUCUGACUUAGAUUGUGUGGCUGUAUGUCGGUUAUGUUAUCUACGAUGUUGUUUCUUUGUUAGUGUAGUGAAUUCAGAACAUCAACAGCUUUGUGCUGUUCUUUUCCUGUUGUUUCUCUGAGAUUGUUCAUGAAUUAGAAAACUUGAUUUUCUGACUUUGUGAA